AUGUCUGUGACCAGGUCACCAGCCGAGGACCCAGACUCCGAGCCGAAGAGGGCUAGAUUAGAGAUCCGACCUUCAUUGAGUUUCUCAGAUGAAGACAGGAUCAGAACUAUCCAACCACAUGGUGACACUUUAGUGGUCACCCUUCAAAUAGGGGGGUAUGAUGUGAAGAGGGUAAUGGUGGAUCAAGGCAGUUGUGUAGAAGUCAUGUAUCCUGACCUGUACAAAGGAUUGAACUUGAAACCUGAAGACCUAACAGCUUACGAUUCACCUCUGGCAGGUUUUAAUAGAAAGCUUGUUGCCCCGAAAGGUCAAAUUAGGUUACCCGUGCAGGCCAGUUCAGAAGUGGUGGAAGUGGACUUCAUAGUGGUGGAUGCAUACUCCCCCUACACGGCCAUUGUCUCCAGACCUUGGCUUCAUACCUUGGGUGCCGUUUCUUCAACUCUACAUCAGAAGGUUAAGUAUCUGUCAGGAGACCGGGUUGAGAAACUAAUAAGGAACCAAACUAUGGCUAGGCAGUGUCUCGUGUCUGCAAUUUUGCAUCAACCCACAACUGAGUCCUCGGACAUAGUCAAAGAGGGUUUAUAG